AUGGAUUUUCAAGCCCCUCCUUCUUGGACGCUCGUUGCAGAGUCCGAUCACUUACCGACCGUCACUCUGGCGCCACAGCUUGAGCUUGUAUUUUCCCGCUCGCUCCAUGUCCAACCCCUUGCGUGGACCCCUUUGGUUAUCAGUUGCCUUAUCAUAUGCGUUACUGCCACCUACGUCUGGAAGUUGUGGCAGCGUGAAGACAAGUAUUACGUCGAAGAGGAUUAUUCCGAGGAAGAGUACGAGGAUCUUGAAGCGACGGCAAUCAAUGCUGGAACUAUUGCCCGUAUCAAAUCAAGGUCCGAAAUGCGCGAGAGACGACCAGGGACGCCAGAAAGCUUGAUAGCGGCACGUGAAGAAACCCGAGCGGCAGCUUUGCGGUCUACCAUUUCGAGGCCAUUCGCCGCGAGGACGAUACCUCUCAAUAUACGAGAUCAAGCAUGGACUGCUGAUCAGACUCGGAAGCAUGAUUGUCCCAGCAAUCUGGAACCCGCCCAGAUACCGGACGCUAUAGCUUCUCCGCCUGCGCCAUCAAGAUCACCCGCGCACGAUGAGACCGCACGCAAUCCCCCGGCUACUGACGACGCUGCCUCUCAUAGAUCAAAUGAUACGUGGGAGCGUAACAGUGACGAGACCCUGGGUCUCAGCCGUGCUGGUGCAGCUCUGCCCCAAGUUCCCGUACAGGAAGCUAUUCAGUCGACAGUAUCAGAGGCUGAACCAGAUCAUACGGGCUUCGCUGCUGCUGAGUACGGUGCUCAUAGAAUGAGCGGUAGACUGAGCGGAAUCGACUGGAAGGACGACGGAAGCAGCAUUCAGGGCAGCGAAUUUACCAAGUACGGUGCCAGCGAGUUUGACCGCAGCAGCUAUGCCAAUCGUUAUGAGGAUUAUUAA